GUGUUCUUUUUACUUCAGUCCUUUCUCUUCUUUCAACGCCAGAUCUUACAAGUCAAAACCGCUCUCACAAACAGUAAACAAAAAACAUCAAAAUUUCCUGAGAUAUUAUGCAAACGUUAACGAGGUCUGGGGUGGAAGAUGGUACCAGAAAACCUCAAACCUCACCUUAAUGGCGAUUUCUAAGAAAGCCCUUUUCCUCUCCGUGUUCCUCGUUGUUGUCGCGCUCGCAUUCUCUGCUGCUCCAAGCUCCCACCUUUACCCAGAGGUUAAGGUUCAAGGUCAAGAAGAGCCAUAUGUGGGGGUGAACAUAGGCACAGAUGUUUCCAAUUUCUUGUCUCCAGCAGACUUGGUGUCUUUUCUGCAAUUGCAGAAGAUAACACACAUAAGGCUAUAUGAUGCUGACCCUGAAAUGCUCAAGGCUCUUGCCAAGACUAAGAUUAGGGUUAUUGUGAGUGUGCCCAAUAAUCAGCUUCUUGCCAUAGGGUCCUCCAACACCACUGCUGCUGCCUGGAUUGGGCGAAAUGUGGCUGCUUUUUACCCACAGACUCUCAUUACUGCCAUUGCUGUUGGGGAUGAGGUUUUGACCACUGUUCCCAGCUCAGCUCCUUUGCUUAUGCCUGCAAUUGAGUCUCUGUACAGUGCUUUGGUGGCUGCUAAUUUGCAUACCCUGAUCAAGAUUUCAACCCCUAAUGCUGCUUCCAUUGUUCUGGACCCGUUCCCGCCUUCCCAGGCCUUUUUCAAUCAGUCGUUCAGCUCGGUUGUUUCUCAAUUGCUGCAGUUCUUGUCCAGGACUCAGUCCCCUUUGAUGAUGAAUUUGUACCCUUACUAUGUGUUUAUGCAGAACAAGGGGGUUGUGCCUCUGGAGAAUUCGCUUUUCAAGCCCUUGACACCGUCCAAGGAAAUGGUGGACCCGAAUACUUUGCUUCACUACACUAACGUGUUUGAUGCGAUGAUUGAUUCUGUGUAUUAUUCGAUGAAGAAUCUGAAUGUUACGGAUGUGGUGGUUCUUGUUACUGAGACGGGGUGGCCUUCGAAGGGGGACUCUAAAGAGCCCUAUGCUACGAUUGACAAUGCUGAUACCUUUAAUUCCAAUUUAAUUAAGCAUAUUUUUGAUCAUGCUGGAACGCCAUUGCAUCCGGAAAUUACUUCUAAUGUGUAUAUAUAUGAGUUGUUCAACGAGGAUUUGAGGUCGCCUCCAAUUUCCGAGGCUAAUUGGGGGUUGUUUUAUGGGAAUUCAACGCCUGUUUACUUGCUGCAUGUAUCCGGAAGUGGUACAUUCUUGGCUAAUGAUACGACAAACCAAACAUAUUGCAUUGCCAUGGACGGGAUUGAUAAAAAGACUUUGCAGGCUGCUUUGGACUGGGCUUGCGGCCCGGGGAUGGCAAAUUGCUCAGAAAUUCAGCCAGGGGAGAGCUGUUAUCAGCCUAACGACGUGAAGAACCACGCGUCUUAUGCAUUCAAUAGCUAUUACCAGAAAGAAGGAAAGUCUAUUGGUUCUUGUGACUUCAAGGGUGCUGCUACAAUCACCACCACUGAUCCAAGUCACGGGAGCUGUGUGUUUCCUGGAAGUAAGACUACAAGCAAUAACAGAACAAGCCAGACGGGGAACUCAACAGUAGCAAGCAGUGCGUGCACAAUAAGACUCACCCAAAUAAGUGCAUUCAGCAAAGUUGUGCGCAUUUUCUGGGGCGUUGUCUUCUGUUUGAUUUGUUAUUCAUUCCACUCGUGACGAAAAUUGUUCAGUUUGCAGAUAGAUGCUUAUUUUUUGAGGCACACACGAUGGUCGAUGGAGGAGCGCUCUGUAAAAAUGUUGUAUUUAGUGAAAUUCUUGAAAGCGCCGAAGACAGCAAUAAAGCGGAAGAAAGUUGGAAGCUUGGCCAUCGCAAGGUCAAGUACGAACAAAAUCAAAUCUUUUGUUUUAGGACAGCUUGGUUCCGUUUUUUAAAAAUGGCACGAACUGAAGAACAUAAAUUGAACUGCUUCGCCUCCCGAUUUCUAUGCCCCUAUUCAAUUCAUGGGUUGUGCAAGGAAAUAAAGAAUCUACUACCUGCAUUUUGGCAGUGAGAGGCUUCUCCAUUAAUGUAAAUUAGUUGUAAAAAUCACAAUUCACUAAUCUAUGAUCAUUUGUGUUUGUGUUGAUGGCAUGGCAUGGUCUCAGUAAUAAUAUUUAUUGCAUUUGUGCUGCA